AUGGGCGUUCUACACGUCGUUGAGGACCGGCCGACUCCCAAGUCUGUCUACAACUGGCGAGUCUAUGCUCUCGCCGCCGUCGCAUCAUGCGGUUCCAAUAUGAUCGGGUACACCAGUGCCUUCAUCGGCACGACAAUCACGCUGCCGUCCUUUACAAAGGAAUUCGGUCUUGACGAAAUGUCCGACGACCACGUUGAUUUGAUCAGCGAGAACAUCGUCUCUCUCUUCAUCGCCGGUGCGUUUUUCGGUGCUCUGUUUACCUACCCCAUCGGUCAUUAUUGGGGCCGGAAAUGGAGUUUGGUCAUUGCCGCUGCCAUGUUCAUCUUGGGCGCCGGUUUGCAGGUGGGCGCGACGGGCGCUCGCGGUCUCGGUAUCAUGUACGCUGGUCGUGUUUUGACCGGACUGGGUACCGGUGUGGCCUCGAACAUCAUCCCAAUCUACCUUUCGGAACUGGCACCCCCUGCCAUCCGUGGACGACUUGUCGGUUUCUACGAACUUGGAUGGCAAGUGGGUGGCAUGGUGGGAUUCUGGAUCAACUAUGGUGUUGAAAAAACCAUGGAUUCCACCCAUCAACAAUGGAUCAUUCCAUUCGCUGUCCAAAUUGUUCCGGCCGGUUUGCUUUUGGUCGGUACUCUCUGGAUGAAGGAAUCCCCUCGCUGGCUAUUCCUCAAGGGCAAACGCCAGAAAGCCAUGGCCAACCUGUGUUGGAUCCGCCAGCUGGAGGAGACCGAUAUUUACAUUGCCGAAGAAGUGGCGGCCAUUGAUCAAGUCCAUGAGGAGCAGGUCGCCACCGUCGGUAUCGGAUUCUGGAAGCCAUUCCAAUCCCUCGCUUCUCGCCCUCCGAUGAUGUACCGCCUGUUCUUGGGUUGCAUGCUGUUCUUCUGGCAGAACGGAUCUGGAAUCAACGCAAUCAACUACUACAGCCCGACUAUCUUCAAGAGUAUCGGUGUCGCCAGUGAGACUGUUAACCUGACCACGGGUAUCUUCGGUGUCGUCAAGGCCGUGAUGACCUUUGUCUGGCUAUUGUUCCUCGUUGAUCAACUGGGACGACGAAUGCUGCUUUUGAUUGGUGCUAUUGCUGGUUCGAUCUGCAUGUUUAUCAUUGGCGCCUAUAUCUGUGCCGUCAAGCCCGAGGAGAACCCCACCGACCACCUCAACAGCGGUGGAAUUGCAUGCAUCUUCUUUUUCUACCUUUGGACUGCCGUUUACACUCCGUCAUGGAACGGCACCCCUUGGUUGAUCAAUUCCGAAUUCUUCGAUCCCAACCUCCGUUCUCUGUGUCAAGCGGCCACUACUGCCAGCAACUGGCUCUUCAACUUCCUGAUUGCCCGGUUCACCAAGCAAAUGUUUGCGAGCAUGCAUUACGGUGUCUAUUUCUUCUUCGGAGCUCUGUCGUUCCUUGCCUUCUUCUUCGCCUUCUUCCUCAUUCCCGAAACCAGUGGUAUCCCGCUGGAGCAGGUUGAUCGUCUCUUCAAGAUCAAGCCUAUCUGGAAUGCGCACAAGCAACUUAAGGCUGAACUGAAGGAGGACGAGGAGCGGUUCCGCUUUGACCUGAAAGAAGGUUCUUACGAGAAGGAGAGACAGGAGCACCUGGAGAAUCAGAGUGCGGAGAACCAGAGCACCAACACAUAA